GUCACAUAAAUUCAGUCAACUAUACCAACAAGAGAUGAUAUGAAUAUGAUACAUUCAUUGUUGAGAGACUUGAGAGAUUUGGCUUGAAUUUGAAAGCACCUGCGCAUGUUCAAAUCAGGAAACAAACAAACAAACACCUGGUGGUCGGUGCUCAAAAUCUGAGAAUUUCAAUGUCACCAACACGAUCGUCUUCUGCCUCUUCCCUGAAAUCGAGAUGUGGACCCCACCGAUUCCUCCACGAAUUGUCUCAGCAAGCUCAGAAGGAGAUUCAACUCAGAAGGAGACGGUUUCGUUUCGUUUCAUUCUCCCAAAAUGCUGCAGAUGGUGAUUCUUUUGGUUAUGAUGAGUUGGUGGAAAGAAGAGCAUUUUAAUGCAUCAGAUGUAGACACAAAUGGUCUUCUAAACUUAGCCGAGUUCAAUGACUUUUCUUCACCCGGCUGACAACAUUAACCCAAAGCUUCAACGAUGGUUGUGCAAGGCAAAAGUAAGCUUUUCAGGGAAACCUCAGUAUCUGGAUAAAGUGUUGCAGAAUAUGUUACUGUUUUUUAAAUGCGGAAUAUUUGUCAGAUAUUGGACUUCUGCCUAUAAUCGGAAAACUACAUCCAUCUGGGCAUUUAUGGAAAGCAACAAAGAACAUACUUAUUUCACAGUUCGUUUGAGAAGAAUAUCAGGAGAAGCUAUAAUGGACUCGCACAAAGCGUCGAAAAGGUAUAAUGGUUACACCGUCGAAAAGGUCUCAUCAAAGCUCGAGCUGGUCUUUGAAGAUUUUAAGCGUCGUCGAGCUGGUCUCAUCAAAGCUCUCACCACUGAUGCUGAAAAUUUAUAUAACCAAUGUGAUCCUGACAAGGAAAACCUGUGUUUAUAUGGCUUUCCUAAUGAGGAGUGGAAAGUCAGUUUACCUGCUGAAGAUAUGCCAUCGGAGCUUCCCGAGCCUUCCCUAGGCAUUAACUUUGCUAGGCCGGGAAUGCAAAAAACAGAUUGGCUUUCCUUAGUUGCCGCUCAUAGCGAUUCAUGGUUAUUUGGCGUUGCACUCUAUUAUGGAGGUGUAUUUGAGUUUAACAAAUCUGACAGGGAGCGCCUUUUCAAUAUGAUCAAUGAACUGCCAACAUUAUUGGAAGUUGUUACUGAUGCUACAAAGAAACAAGUUGAGGUGAAGUCUUCAGUUUCAAACCACAGUGGCAGCAAAUCCAAGUCCAACUCGAUAGCGCACCAGGCUCGAGAUCCACGGACUAAGAGGACGAAGGCAUUGAAACCCAAAGUUGUGGAAGUGCAAAUCGAGGAGGACGACGAGAAUAUAUUAUGCAAUAUAUGUUUCAUGCAUCAUGGCGUGGACUCUUUCUGGAUUUUCUGCGACUACUGUGAUCAUUGGUUUCAUGGGAAGUGUGUGAAGGUUACGGCUUCCAUUGCUGCGGAAAUAAAUAAAUACAAGUGUCCAUUCUGUCGGGUGCAAUUCAAGUGAUGAUCUCUUGUAUUUGUUCAAUUUAUAGUUUAUUGUUAUUGUUUAUGAAUUGUUGACUAAAUAAUAUUUUCCUUAAUAUUUUGAGGAAAACUAGGAUAUUGAAACAGAAACUUAUUCAAAAUGAUGUUUUGUUACUAUUUUCCUUGUUGCUAGCUUGGUAAUGGUGUCCC